AUGGCUUCUUCGUUGGCGGGGACCGCGCCCUCCAAAGAGGCCGGCGUUGCCGAGGGCGCCGGCGGCGAGUCCAUGCUGAUGCUGUUCCACGGCUGUCCCGCCGGUGCCGCUUCCUUUGGCCCCGCUCUGCACCCGCCGCUCUUCUUCGACGCCAUGCCUCCGACCGUCGUCUUCCAGUCGCCGGCGUCGGCUGCCGGGGGCUUGAGCCCGGGCUCGCCUCCGCUGCCGCCUUUCCCCUUCCAGCGGCUACCCGCCACUUACCUGGGGCCGCCGCUGCCACCUCCGCCGCCCACCCUUCCUCUUCUCCGGCCGCCGCCGCUGCCCCGACCUGUGCCGGUCUUGCCCGCGCCCUUCCCCGGAAAGAAAGCCUCGCCCAGAAAGAGAAGCAGCCUCGAAGGGACGUCGGACUCGGAGCAGCGCCCGCCCAGCUACCGCUUCACGGCCCAGGAGCUCCACGCCGUCCUCUACGGCGCCCUGCCCGGCGGGAGGCAGCCGCGCGCCCUCUCGGCAGGAGAUACUGACAGUCACCCCCCACUGCUGGAUAGAUCAACCCUACAACUUCCCAAAGGUCUGACUGUGUUGCAGACUGUAUUUAUCGAUGGUCCACAGUUGGGUGUCUUCUGCACAGAAACCAUUCUUAAGGGUAUUCGGUUUGGUCCUUUCCAAGGCAAAGUGGUCAACACUAGCGAGAUUAAAACUUAUGAUGACAAUUCUUUGAUGUGGGAGAUUUUUGAAGAUGGUCAAUUGAGUCAUUUCAUUGACGGCAGAGGUUCUUCUGGAAACUGGAUGUCAUUCGUGAACUGUGCCCGCUUCCCAGAGGAGCAAAACCUGACAGCCCUUCAGUGCCAAGGCCAGAUCUAUUAUGAGAGUUGCAAAGAAAUUACACCUGGCCAAGAACUUCUGGUCUGGUAUGGUGAUUGUUACUCACAGUUUCUUGGCAUCCCUAUCAGCCUCAAAGGAACAGCAGAAGAAAAGCGAACCCCAAAACAUACUGAAGAAUCUGUGGAGGGUUAUGAAUGCGGGCGGUGUGAAAAAGUCUUUGCCUACAGAUACUACCGGGACAAACAUCUGAAAUACACACGGUGUGUUGACCAAGGGAACAGAAAAUUCCCAUGCCAUCUUUGCAACCGAUCUUUUGAAAAGCGGGACCGUCUGAGGAUCCACAUUCUCCAUGUUCAUGAGAAGCACAGACCUCAUAAAUGCUCUGUGUGUGGUAAAAGUUUCUCUCAGUCCUCUAGUCUAAACAAGCACACGAGGGUGCAUUCUGGAGAACGACCAUAUAAGUGUGUAUACUGCAACAAGGCCUUCACUGCAUCCAGCAUCCUGCGUACUCACAUUCGCCAACAUUCAGGAGAGAAGCCCUUCAAGUGUAAGCACUGCGGUAAAGUGUUUGCUUCACACGCUGCCCAUGACAGUCAUGUGAGACGCACACACAAUUCUAAAGACAAAGGCUCUAAAUGUACGCUGUGUGAUAAAAUAUUUCUAGAGGCAGAAGAAUUUCGCUUCCAUAUGAAAUUCCACAAAACCCUUUAG